CUUCCUUCGAUAGGUCUGGCUAGGAGAAACUACACAUGCCUUACUUCUGCGAGAGAGACAGUCUGAAUUCUGCAACUUCGCACACACUAUGCAGGAUCCACCUAGUCUGUGCUAUGUAGCAUCGAAGUACAUGGACUCCUGUCACACACAUGAUUUCUGUUCCUGCCUGAUCGGGGGUGCGAUUCUAUUUACGCAGUCAGCUUUGAUCUUGUGACACUGGACAUACUCAUUUCGCCAGUCUCUUGAGAACCCCGCGUGUCAAUCGUUGCGACCUUGUUUCUCACCAUGUCUAUACCUGAAAAUUUUACGCUGAAGAAGCUAUACGAUCUCAAUGGGCUGAUCGCGUUGGUGACAGGUGGCGGCACAGGCAUCGGCCUUAUGAUUGCUCGUGGCCUCGCCGCUAAUGGGGCCAAGGUGUAUAUCACUGGUCGACGAACGGAGGUCCUUGACAAAGUGGUUACGGAGUGGAAUGCAACUAAAGGAGACGACAUGGGAUCAAUGGUCGCGCAUGAGAUGGAUGUAACAAAAAAGGACAGCAUUCAAGCUGGUGUAACGAGAAUAUCCCAAGCAGAGGGGAAGCUACACAUUCUCGUGAACAAUGCUGGCCAAUCAGGCCCUGUCUCUCCUGAGUUGAAUCGACCAUCAACGACUGCUCAAAAGGAGGCAGGACCACUCAGUGAAUACCUCUUCAACAAUGAAUCGUUCGAGGAAUGGAGCUCCCUUUACGCGAUCAACACCUUUUCGAUCUACUUUGUGACUGUUGCAUUUUUGGAUUUGCUUGACAAGGGAUCCAAGAAUAACGACAAAGAGGGGUUCUCUUCCAGCGUCAUCAAUAUCACGAGUAUGAGCGGACUCAUAAAGGUUGCACAGAGACAUUUCUGCUACAAUAGCUCAAAAGCUGCUGGAUCUCACCUCACCAGGAUGUUUUCGACAGAAUUUGCUCUCAAAGGAAUCAAUGUUCGAGUGAACGCUAUCGCGCCAGGCGUGUAUGAAAGCGAGAUGACACGCGACACCAUUUCAGGACAAGAAGCAACUGAUGCGGUCGGUAUGCCAGUGUUGUCUAUACCAGCGAAGAGGCCGGGAACCGCUGCUGAGAUGGCAGGCACCGCCGUUUACCUUGCAUCGCCCGCUGCAGCUUAUAUGAAUGGGCAGGAACUGGUUAUCGAUGGUGGAUUCUUGGCUGUGAACCCUGCCAGAGUGUAGUAUGCAUUAUCAUCAAGGAAGCUAUGUAGUAGCCUUUAAUAUUGCAGUAGCUAAGUGAAGCACAACAUCCUGGUGUUUUUUUCUCCCAAUACGGCGAGUACUCACAUGUAUUAGCGCCAGGCGGCCGUAUGUCCAGCGUGACUUACUACGCCAAAGCGAGAUGUCCGAUGCGUUAAAACGCUCACACUGAACGUCGAACACAAAGGUGGCUAAGGCGCUCCUUAC